AUGGGCCGGCUGAUUGUGAGGGACUGGGCCAAUUUGGGAGGGGAGCUUGCCUCGCGCUGGUACCCUCGCCCACACCAAAGCAAGAGAAGAGAGAGAGCGCGCGCGCGCCCACACGCACCUGGCAGGCAGGCCACCAAAGAGGGAGGGGCAGCUGGCUGGGGGCUGGCUGGUUCGAGCUUGAGUCUCCGUCUCUCGCACUCCCUUCCCUCCCGUGCCAGUGCAAUUCGAUUUUCCUCUCGUACUUUCCCUCUUUUGUACGGGUACAUCCCUGACUCCCGGGCCACCACUUCUUUUGAUCUCCCCUCAAUUUUUCAAACGAGACUUUUGGCACUUUUCCUAGCAGAGCCAGUAGCGGGGACUCGAUUGCCCACCCGCUCACCUUUUUGCUUGCUUUUGCCUAUCAGCCUACCCUGCCUCGCCUGCCAUCCAUUCCAUCAAUGUCAAUCAGAAGCCGUCGUUGCUGUGGAGGCCAUUCCAUCCCGGCAAUCCCUCCUAGGUGAUUCCAAUCACGCUCUCCUCUUACGGCUAUGCGGCGGCUCGAGCCCGUGA